AAAAUCCUGAUGAGCCGGAUGAAGAAUACGAGCCUAUUGCUGUGCCCAAAAAGCAAAAGGAAGUUGGUGAAGAAGGAGCAGAAUGUGAUAAAGGAAAGCAGAAGGAAGUUGGCGAAGAAGGAGCCGUAAUUGAUAAAGGAAAGCAGAAGGAAGUUGGCGAAGAAGGAGCCGAAGUUGAUAAAGUAAAGCAGAAGAAAGUUGGCGAAGAAGGAGCUGUAAUUGAUAAAGAAAAGCAAAUGGAAGUUGGCAAAGAAGGAGCCGAUAUUGAUAAAGAAAAGCAGAAGGAAGUUGGCGAAGAAGAAGCCGAGGUUGAUAACGGAAAGCAGAAGGAAGUUGGCGAAGAAGAAGCUGAGGUUGAUAAAAAAAAGCAAAUGGAAGUUGAUAAAGAAGGAGCCGAUAUUGAUAAAGGAAAGCAGAAGGAAGUUGGCAAAGAAGGAGCUGAAGUUAAUAAAGAAAAGCAGAAAGAAGUUGGCGAAGAAGGAGCCGAAGUUGAUAAAGAAAAGCAAAUGGAAGUUGACGAAGAAGGAGCUGAUAUUGAUAAAGGAAAGCAGAAGGAAAUUGUUGUUUCUAGUCGUCAAAA